CAUGGCGGCUGCUGGGCUGUGGCAUAGAACGGGAAGGCUCCUUGAGAUGGCGCCAGCCCGAGGGGCUUGGCCCCGGCUUUACAGCACGUCCCCUGCCUUCGCUGACGUGCUAAAGCUUCCGCAGAAACAGCUAACGAAAAUUGUAUACCCGCUGCGAGAACUGGCGCAGUACCUCGUCACGGACACCGGGCCAGGCCUCAUCGAACAGAGACUCUUCGACCCCAGCCUGGAGGACAUCGCGAGGGCGGAGAGCGUCUUCGAGGCCACAGCCCGGAACCGCGUCGACUACCUCAGCUCCGCCGUCCGCCUCGACCACGCCCCGAGCCUGCAGCAGCCGGAGGUGUGUUUCAUAGGCCGAAGCAAUGUUGGAAAAUCCUCCUUGAUAAAGGCCUUGUUUUCGCUGGCCCCUGGUGUAGAAGUCAGAGUCUCAAAAAAACCGGGGCACACAAAGAAAAUGAAUUUUUUCAAAGUUGGAAAAUACUUUACAUUGGUGGACAUGCCAGGGUAUGGCUAUAGAGCCCCCGAAGACUUUGUUGACAUGGUAGAGGCCUAUCUAAAAGAACGAAAGAACUUGAAGAGAACAUUUUUGUUAGUGGAUAGUGUUGUUGGAAUUACAAAGGUAGACAAUAUUGCCAUAGAGAUGUGUGAAGAAUUUGCAUUGCCUUAUGUGAUGGUAUUAACAAAAAUUGACAAAUCUUCCAAAGGCUAUCUUUUAAAACAAGUGCUUCAGAUCCAGAAGUUUGUUAACACACAAACACAAGGCUGCUUUCCUCAGUUGUUUCCUAUAAGUGCAGUGACCUAUUCUGGAGUGCAUCUGUUGAAAUGCUUUAUAGCAGACCUAACAGGAAAUCUUAAGUAAAUGCUCCCAGGGUUGAUGAAGGUUCAACGUUCUUCGUGUCAACUGGAGUUAAACAUCUGGAAUUCCAGUAUUGUUUUAAAUACUGUGCAUCUCAACCAGCAGGAGAAUCAAUUCAACUUUAAAACCUGUAUCAUCCUGAACAAAAACGAAUUUGUUGGGGGUGAGGAUUAUAAUUAAAUCAUAUCGUUCAUUAGGACAGAUGCUAGCUGUCUUCUAUUUUAAAAAACUGACAAGUCCAAGAGCAUAAAGCAGUACAUGACGUGAGACUGUUACUACUAUGUAGAGAGGUUUGUUAUAUUAUUCUUUGUCUUAUAAAAGAAAUGUCUGCCACCUUUAAUGCUGUGAAUGUGAACUAGGUAAGGUGGGGUGCCUUUCUGUAAAGCGUGCCUAGGUAAGUAGAAAAGUAAAUGGCUAUAUGUAUGCUUAUAAUUCUUUUAGUCAUUAUUUGAAUAUAAAAAAGUCAAAAUUUGUCCAGCCAUGGAAAAAAACCAAUCAUGUGGGAGUAGAAUCAUUCACUACCCUUUGGGCAAACACAGGAUUGAUAAUCAGAAUCCAGGAUUCAGAUUCCUAGUGUCUGUUAUUACUUGCUCCUUGGGGAAAUCACCUGAUGUCUUCUCACCUCGUUGAUGGCUAUCAGCACCUUAGCUAUGAAGGCUAAUGAGUUAUAUCCAUGGCAGCUGUACAUUUGCAAGCCAUAAUCAACCAAAGCACACAGCAAACCUCAUAGGCUUUUAUCACGAAAACAUCCCACCUUGAAGGAAGUAGCAGAGAUCACAGGACCUAGUUUUAAGUGACUUCGCAAGGCAGUGGGAUGGUUUAGAAUCACUCACACAGAUUUAAAACGGGCAGACUGGCUUUGAGCUGCAGCUUACCGGAGCAAAAUUUUUAUGAAG